AUGAAUAAUCCUUACGUACGCUAUUAUUUGGAUCAACAGCAAGGGCACGGGAUGCCUGUUUUCUCAGGUAGCCCUUGGCAAGCCGGUUAUGGUCACCAGAUGGGCUAUGGAAUCGGGGGUCUGUUUCGCAGCGUGGCAAGAGCGGUGAUGCCCAUGGUGAAAAGCGGAGCAAAAGCUCUAGGUAACAUUGCCCUGAAAAGUGGCGCUGACUUUGUGGGUGAUGUUCUUGCCGGUAAAAACGUCAAAGAAGCAGCAAAAGCACGAACCGUGGAGGCUGCAAACGUUGCGAAAAGAAAAGCUAUAAAUAAGCUGAAGAGUCAAACAGGAAGUGGAAAACGUGCGAAGGGAACAGCUAAAAAGAGAAAGGCAUCAACAGCUACAGCCAGAAGCAAUCAGACCAAGAAACGGAAAACAGCUCAAGACAUAUUCGAUUGA